CCCAACCAAAAUCCAAUCCGUUUCUGGCCGAUGGGCCAAAUUCACCGACUUUGUUACCUUUUCCGUUGUCCCUCAAAAACACUGCCAAUCCUCCGGUGCAUAUUUACGGCUCGUUUUUCUCUGCUCCAACCCCGAGGUUUGUUUCUGCGGAGGACGAAAAGUAAAAAGGAUCGUCGCCUUCGCGUGGCCGUGAUUCCCCAAUCCCGACUUUACACUAAGGAAGAAACCUCAAAAAAAGGAAAAAAAAAAAAAGCGGAACGAUGACCGAAGAAGGGAAAGACAGCUUUGUCGCUGGCAACCCGCAGAGCCGGUACUAUUAUGGGACUUUUCAGGGCGUCGCCAACUAUUACCCUCCUGCUCCGCCGCCACCUCCUCAUCCAGUCGUCGGUUUCCCUCAGCCGGUUGCUCCUCAUGGCUAUACCGUUAAUCAUCGGUAUUAUUCCCAUGGAUAUAAUAACUGUGCAACAGGUUAUGAGCUCGCUGAAGGAAUGCCCUCGAGAGAACAUAGACUUCCAUGCUGUGGUAUGGGCAUGGGAUGGUUCUUGUUUAUUAUUGGCUUCUUUUUAGGUGGCAUUCCUUGGUAUGUUGGCACUUUUGUUCUACUUUGUGUACAAGUGGAUUACAGAGAAAAGCCUGGAUAUGUUGCAUGUGCAAUAGCUUUUCACCAGUACCAGGUUGUUGGAAGAGGGUUGCCCACCGAGACUGAUGAGCACCCAAAAAUUUACCGCAUGAAGCUGUGGGCCACAAAUGAGGUUCGGGCAAAGUCCAAGUUCUGGUACUUCCUCAGGAAGCUGAAGAAGGUCAAGAAGAGCAAUGGCCAAGUUCUUGCUAUCAAUGAGAUCUUUGAGAAAAACCCAACCAAGAUCAAGAACUAUGGCAUUUGGCUGCGUUACCAAAGCCGAACAGGUUACCACAACAUGUACAAGGAAUAUCGUGAUACAACUCUCAAUGGUGCUGUGGAGCAAAUGUACAAUGAGAUGGCUUCUCGCCACAGAGUCAGGUUUCCUUGCAUCCAGAUUAUCAAGACUGCCACUAUCCCUGCUAAGCUAUGCAAGAGGGAGAGCACCAAGCAGUUCCACAACUCCAAGAUAAAGUUUCCAUUGGUGUUCAAGAAGGUUAGACCACCAACUAGAAAGCUCAAGACAACAUACAAGGCAUCCAGGCCCAACUUAUUUAUGUAAACUCUAUACCCUGAUGAAUGAGGUGCAGACUGCAGAGAGAGGUGAAAGUUGGUCUAUUUCUGGAUUACAAUUUUUGUAGACUUCCUGUCAUUUUUGUUUAUUGGAUAUUGCUUUUAUUUGCAAAUCUUUAGAUUUGUCAGAUUUGAUAUUUGAGGUUAACAAAUACCGUUUAUGUUUACUUUUAAAGUUGUGGGAUGUUUUUGUCAUUUUACUGGUUACCAUGAUCAAUGUUUGAUGCUUUAUUCCAUUAGUAUAA